AUGGAGGAAGUGAAGAGUAGAGAUGAGAAGGGGAAGAGAAAAGGGAAAGAAGAAGGGGACAUUGUCGCUGACAGCAAUGGUGGAGAUCAGGGUGGAAAGGUGGAAAAGGAGGACGUGGUGGUAGACCCAAGCAGCGGUAGUGGUUGGAGAGGAACUGAGGUGCAUGGUGUUGCUCAUUUUUUUAAUAAUCAACUGGUUGUUCAACAAAUGGAUCCUACUAUUUUAGAGUUUAACAAUGGUCCUAAAUUUGAAUUGAAUAGGGUGAAUGGAGCAAAUUAUUUUGAGAAAGGGUUAAAUUCUGAUUUUGAUAGCAGUAACUCUGACUCUGAUUUCAUCGAGAGUGACUAUGAUUUGGAAGAUGAUGAUGAUCAAGUGUUUGAGGUUAAUGUUGACUUAGAUAUUUCAUCAAGUAGAAGAUUUCUAGAGUUCAACCAGGAAACAGACAUGGAAAAUCCUAUUUUAGCAGUAGGUUUGGUGUUUGAUGACAAGGGAACUUUGAAGGAGACAACACUUGGGGAUGAUAUUGGGGAUGUGACAAUUACAAAUGAUGGAGCAACAAUUCUCAAGAUGUUAGAAGUUGAGCAUCCAGCUGCCAAGGUUCUCGUGGAGUUAGCCGAGCUUCAAGACAAGGAAGUUGGAGAUGGGACCACCUCUGUGGUUAUCAUAUCAUCAGAAUUACUUAAGAGAGCCAAUGAUCUUGUGAGAAACAAGAUACAUCCAACAUCUAUAAUUAGUGGAUACAGGCUUGCGAUGAGGGAAGCCUGCAAAUAUGUUGAUGAAAAGUUGGCUGUAAAUGUUGAAAAGCUUGGAAAAGAUUCCCUUAUUAACUGUGCCAAAACCAGCAUGUCUUCAAAACUGAUUGCCAGUGACAAUGAUUUCUUUUCCAAUUUGGUUGUAGAUGUUGUCCAAGCAGUGAAGACAACUAAUGCUCGAGGGGAAGUUAAAUAUCCAAUCAAGGGCAUAAACAUUCUUAAAGCUCAUGGUAAAAGUGCAAGAGAUAGCUUUUUGCUGAAUGGCUAUGCUUUGAACACUGGCCGUGCUGCGCAAGGGAUACCUACUCGUGUGGCGCCCGCAAAAAUUGCCUGUCUUGAUUUUAAUCUUCAGAAGAUAAAGAUGCAAAUGGGUGUCCAACUGCUAGUUUCUGAUCCAAGAGAACUGGAAAAAAUAAGGCAAAGAGAAUCUGACAUAACAAAGGAGCGAAUUGAGAAACUUUUGAAGGCUGGAGCUAAUGUCGUCUUGACAACGAAAGGGAUUUAUGAUAUGUCACUUAAGUACUUUGGGGAGGCUGGAGCUAUUGCUGUCCGAAGGGUGCGAAAAGAGGAUUUACGUCAUGUUGCCAAGACUACUGGUGCAACUGUGGUUUCCACUUUUGCUGACAUGGAAGGAGAACCGAGAGAGAGUUUGAAGACAAAGAAAAAGGAGAGGAAGAAGGUAGAACCGGAGAGAAAGCAGAGAAGAGGAAGGAGGAAAGAAGACCUACAAAGGAGCCAGAGAAGAGAAAGAAGAUCUUAA